AUUUAAAAGCAGGCUGCUCAGCUGUCAAACCGGAGGACAAACAACUCCAAAAGCUUUGCCUAUAUUCUCUGCAGAUCAGCAGAACAAGGGAGACCAGCUGCAUUGAUUUUCGUUAGGGCCUGAUGAAUAGGACAACAGCUUACUGUUUCGCUUAAGUGUUUGAACUUGGCCUCUGCACUGUUGCAUCUUAACCAGUUUCACUGCUUCAUUCCUCAAUAUUAUCCAGCUGGAGAUGAUGAGGACAAGGAUGGAAAGUAAGAACCUCUUCCUAAGCCUAUUGCUCUGCUACAGUUUGCUCAGAGCUGCCGAUUCUCAUAUGGUAAUUGAGGAGAAGACAGAAUGCAACCUGUCAAGGAGCAACAAAAUGAAUCUCUCAGAUCUCCCACCCAUCUCCAUAGUAGAUUUAACUAAAAGAUCCCAGAAAGUCAGCAGGAAAGAGGCAGAGAACAGGAAAGCUUCUAAGAAAAAUGCGCAGCUGAAGCCACCUCCAAAACCAAGGCCCACACCAGCUGCUGACUGUGUGCCAAACUUCAAAACCUGCAAACCACACUUGAAUUCAUGUUGUAACUACUGUGCUUUGUGCAAAUGCCGAAUUUUUCAGACCAUCUGCCAAUGUCUAAUGUUAAACCCAAAAUGCUAAGCCAAACUGGGAACACAAUAAGGCUUCUUUCUUUCCUUAGCUUCUCAAGCAUGUGUUUCAAACUGCCCCAUGUGUAUAGUAAUCAAAGUAGAGAGCUUUGAAGCUGUCAGCUUGGAUUUGCCCCUCUUAAAAUUAAAUGGACAAUUUUUUUUUUUUCAUGGGAUUAAUGCUAUCAUGAAUAGGAUUUUUUUUAUUAGGGAACAGGCAAGGGAGACUAACACUGAACGGGUGUUUUUACCAAAACUGACCUGAGUUUUAAGAAGUAUUCUGGGUUCUUGUUGGUUUUGGGGUUUGGAGUUUUUUCCUUUGAAGGGUCACAUUAACCACAGACUGCAGCAUAGUCUAACUGGCACUGCAAAACCUGCGCCAAUGGCAUGCAAAUAGCCACAUUAAAACAGGACUGGUUAAUCCAGUGAGGGACCAAAGCUAGGGUUUGUCUACAAGGACAGAACAGCACCGGCUUCCAGCACAGCCAAAAUAUCAUGCUGAAAAUGCAGGUUUCAGGGUUCACUCCCUUUUUGUACAUUCAGCAAAAAUCAGAACAAGAAUUUAUAUAGGUUAUUCUACCUGAAAAGACAGAUCCAAAACAAUAAGGCAAUUUUUUAAUCAUCCCCAGAUGAGCAUCAGUACCAUCCACCUCCGGGGCUUUUAGUCAUUUUACCAGUAACCAGUAUCUCCAAGGUGUGUAAUACACAUGUAUAUUUGAACCCUGAAUGUAUCUGUGCCUCAUAACUUCAAAAACAUUUUUUUCCCCAGCUGUAUCCAUAGGAAUAGAGUCCUCAGCCCUUCCUCUCCUGCUGCCAAGGACACAGUGCAUAUAGAGCCCAAAAGUAGGAACACAUAUCCAGGACUCUCAGAACGAGAAGAUCAGCAAAACAUGAAUA